UAUUAAUCAUGGGCAAAAAGAACACUCCAAACACUUCAUCCUCCCGUGCGCACAGACAAAAGCGUGGUGGACGCGCACAACGGCACGGUAGCGCACGAGCCUCCAAGCAAUCCCAAACACUGUCUAGCUUCCCCGAGGACGCCGCCAAGCCAUCAAGCAUUAUCGAAGAUGAAAGCUCAGAUCGUUCCUCAGGCGAAGAUGAUGAAUGCGAGUGAUUUAUCGAGGUAGUCGAACCGCCACUCACGAGCGCACAGUUGUGCGACCGCACAUUGAUGUACCCGUGGCGAUGUGGGACUUUGACCAUUGCGAUCCACGCCGAUGCUCUGGGAAGAAACUCGCCCGCCUCGGCCUCAUAACGGAACUGAGGGUGGGAUCCAGAUUUCGGGGCAUAGUCGUAUCCCCAAAAGCGACCCUCAUCGUGAGUCCAGCCGAUAGAGAGAUCGUUGGACGAGACGGUGUCGCCGUCGUCGAAUGUUCUUGGGCCCGUAUAGACGACGUCCCAUUCUCGAAAAUUGCCAGCCCGCACGAACGGAUUCUCCCCUACCUGCUUGCCACCAACCCCACCAAUUACGGCAAGCCUUGGCGGUUGAACUGUGUCGAGGCGCUUGCAGCGACCUUCUACAUUACAGGGUUCGAUCAGCAUGCAGAGACUCUCCUCAGUUCGUUUGGGUGGGGUGAUGCUUUCUGGGAAGUCAACAGUCCAUACCUCAAACGAUACCAAACAUGCGCAUCGGCAGAGCAGGUUGCCUUGAUGCAGGAGACCAUUAUUGCAGAGCUCCAGGAGAGCUACGAGGAAUCACGCAGAGAGAAAGAUGCAGCUGGGAGCACUGAGGAUCUUCUCGUGCGGAAUCCUAAUCAUGCCAUGCCCAGUGAUGAUGAUGGGUCAAGGUCUGCGUCAGAGGACGACGUAGAAUGAUGUCAGUGAAGGUCAAACAUUUAAUUUAAAUUACCCUACUAUGAUGUCCUUUGGUCUGUUGUCCUCUAGUAUCCAUCGAGCAAUCCCAGGGAUGCAACCUACUCUUAAACAUUCUCUUCAAGCUUCGAAGCACCUGAUACUUCCGUAUUGGACGUUGUAGAUGGGAAAUACAGACCUACUCACGCGGUACAAACAAAACCCCAUCUACGUGCAUAUUUGGACUAUAAAUCAUGACUCCCAUUGCACAGGUUCUUUUGAUGUAUGUAGACUACUUGGAGACUGGAGAAAAAAUCAUAUGGGAGUGGCAAUCCUC